CACUCUGGUUAUCUGGGUUUGAUUGACAGGCGGGUUUGGGGGGCUCACUGCGCUCCACGCGCACCAUGAGGAGGAGGGGGACAGCAGCGCGCGCUGAGGAUCACUCUGAGAGCUCGCGCUGUGUUGGAGUAUGAAGGAGGGAUGUGAGCGGAACUUGUGGAAGAAUGGCAGCUCACCUGACGAGGAUCUGUGAGGGAUGGCAGUUCUUCAUCACCACCACCACCACCAUCAUCAUCAUCACCCCGGGAGCGCGGACCUGCGCCGGCUCUUCCACCGGCUCACGAUCGCGUCUUCUCUGAGCGUGCUCUGCUUCUCUCUGGUCUACCUGCUCACCGGCUGCUGCGAGUCCGAGUUCACCGAGACACCUGACAUCAAGCAGCCCGCGCGCGAGUUUCUCGUGUCCGGUUCGGGAUGGCCCGACGACAGAAACGGAAGCAGGGAGGUGACCAUGGCUCCCGUAGAGCGCGCGUUCAGCGGUCCUCCCGGGCUGGAGGCGAACAGCUCGGCGAAGGAGUGGACAGCCACGCGCAGGUUACCACAGGCUCUCAUCAUAGGGGUUAAAAAAGGAGGCACGAGGGCUUUGCUGGAGUUUCUGCGGCUCCACCCGGACAUUAGGGCCCUCGGGUCCGAGCCGCACUUCUUCGACCGGCAUUACGCACGAGGGCUGGACUGGUACAGGAGUAUGAUGCCCAAAGCUCUGGACGGUCAGAUCGUCAUGGAGAAGACGCCUCGUUACUUUGUCACCGUGGAAACACCGGCUCGAGUCCACGCCAUGUCUCAGGACGUGAAGCUGAUCGUGGUCGUCCGCGAUCCCGUGACCAGAGCCAUCUCUGACUACACCCAGAUCAUCUCCAAGACCCCCGACAUCCCCCCGUUUGAGAGCCUCGCCUUCAAGAACAAAAGCACAGGUCAGAUCGACUCUCUGUGGAGCCCUCUGUGGAUCGGUCUAUACGCUCAGCACCUGGAGCGCUGGCUGGCCUGGUUCCCCAGGACUCAGAUCCACCUGGUGAGCGGUGAGCGGCUCAUCUCGGACCCGGCCGGGGAGCUGGGCCGGGUGCAGGACUUCCUGGGUCUGCAAAGGAUCGUGACGGACAAACACUUCUACUUCAACAAGACGAAAGGAUUCCCCUGCCUGAAGAAGCCAGAGGGCAGCAGCAAACCUCACUGCCUGGGCAAGACCAAGGGCCGCAUGCACGCCGUCAUCAACCCCCGUGUGCUGCAGAGACUGAGAGACUUCUACAAACCGCACAACCAGCGCUUCUACCAGCUGGCCGGGCAGGACUUUGGCUGGCAGUGACACUUUUAAUGUGCAGAAACAGAAGACACAAUACAGAUACAAAGACUCGGUGAACAGAGCCGGUGUUCUGCUCCUGACCAGCAGAGGGCGCCUCAGAGACUUCUUCAUGAGGGUCAAUACAUCCUCCUCUCAUCAUCACCUUAAUACACAUGUUUUGUUUUACACCAGCUGUGUCAUUUAUCACCAGACGUUCCGUAUAAGAGGUGACGCUUUUUAAAGGUUAUGGCUGAAAAAAGUCAAACACAGUGUAGAUUUAGUGUCUCUGCAGUUAAACCCUGAUACUGUAGCUGUAGUCUGAACCCAGAGCAGAUUCAUUUUUCACUCUUUCACACUGAAUAUUUCUGUAUUUUAUUUUCCCACCUGUUUGUUCUAAAUAUUGAAGGGCAAUCGAUGCAGACAUGUGGAGAUACGCCCUGCAGCGUCGUGGUACGUCGCUCAGAAUGAGACUCCUCCUGCAGCGUGGCUCAGAAUGAGACUCGCCCCGCAGCGUGGCUCAGGAUGAGACUCGCCCCGUAGCCCAGCAGCGUGGCUCAGGAUGAGACUCGCCCCGUAGCCCAGCAGCGUGGCUCAGGAUGAGACUCG